GGAAAUGUUUUCGAGUCCCUGAGCAAAAAACGUAAAUAAAUACUCUCUCUCUUCACCUCCUCCUUCUCUCUCCUCUGUCCUCUCUCUGCUUCUUCUCUCUGCUUCUCUCUCUGCUUCUCACCUCUCUCUUCUCACAUUCCCACACACAUAAAAUGGCCGCAAUCAUCCAGGUUGACCCCUCCACCAUCCCGUUCCUUGACAUCUGCAAGGAGACCCCCGCCCCGGCCCGCCCCGCUAAGCGCAACAUCCUCGACUCCUUCCGCCUCGACGGCAAGGUCGCCGUCGUCACCGGUGGCGCCCGCGGUCUGGGCUACUCCAUGGCUGAGGGCCUCUGCGGCGCCGGUCUCGCCGGUCUCGCCAUCAUCGACGUCCAGAGUGAUCUCGGCGACAAGGCCUGCGAGCAAAUCAUAAACGAGUUCGGCAUCAAGGCCUGCUUUUACCGUCUUGACGUCCGCGACGAGGACGCCGUCCAGGACACCAUGGACGCCAUCGUCCGUGAGUUUGGCAAGAUCGAUAUCCUGCUCUGCUCGGCCGGCGUUGCCGACCUCGUCCACGCUGAGGACUACUCGCCGGCCAAGUUCCGCCGCGUCAUCGACAUCAACCUCAACGGCACCUUCAUCUGCGCCCAGGCCGCCGGUAAGCACAUGAUCGCUGCCGGCAACGGCGGAUCCAUCAUCUUCAUCGGCUCCAUGUCGGCCUCGAUCGUCAACUGGCCGCAGCCGCAGUCUGCCUACAACGCGUCGAAGGCCGCUGUCGUCCACCUCAUGAAGUCUCUCUCCGCCGAGUGGGCCCAGCACCGCAUCCGUUGCAACGCCAUCUCUCCGGGAUACAUGGACACUCCUCUCAACGUUCCCUACGAGGACGCUCUCUUCAGCGAGUGGAAGGGCCGCACCCCCAUGGGUCGUCUCGGCCAGCCCGAGGAGCUUGCCGGUGCCGCACUCUGGCUUGCGUCCGACGCCAGCUCGUUCUGCACCGGUACUGAUGUCCGCAUCGACGGUGGCUACACUGCUUUGUAAACCCUCUCAUGGUUUUUUCGGUUCGGUGUUUAUGAUUGUUUUAGAGGAUUGGAAUCCAUGGUUUUAUUAAGGCUGCUCGCUCUUCAUUGUUUUGUUUUUGUUCUAGUUUUUAGUUUGUUUUUCUGUUUUUUUUUCGUCAGGGCUGGUUCUUGCUACGGGUUAUUGGCAUAUAUCAUGUAUGGUAGUGACAAGGAAGUCACGUAAUUAACGAAUAUAUUUAUUCUCAUUACAUUA